AAUUUUAUAAUCGUCAUAAUAUAAAUAUUAAGUAAUAUAACAUAAAAUUAUAUAUUUUACAAUUGUUAUUUUUAAGUAGAAGAUUUGAGAUAGCUGUUUCUUUAAAUUUACCGUCGGUAAUAGUGGAAUCUGUACGAAUAAUUAUUCAUGUUGGCUAUACUGCAUAAUAUGACGUCAUGAUUGAGUCCCGAAAUUGAAAUCAAUAAAUGGUGUGCGAUGUUGUGUGCACAUGCCAGUCGGAGGUGAUUAUGUCAAAACAUAGCGCGAGUUCGUAUUGUUUUUGAUUGUGGGAAAGUGGAAUAAAUGUUUUUCGCCAAAAUGACUGGUAGCACGAAAAGGAAAUUGGCGAUAUUCAUAGGAACAUCCAAAUGUUUAGUUUAUGCAGAAGCCAAAUACUGUGCCUCUGAAAUGCCUGAACAAGUAAAAUAUUAUGAGUGUUCUAGAAGCGAAUACUGUUGCGCCUUCGGCUGCUGUGUCUCUCCUGGACUUCAUUUUCAUCAUUUAUGGUAUUAUUGGAUCCUAGUUAUAAUCAUGUUUCUGGUGUGUUCCGGAGGUGGUUGGUGGUAUCGAUAUAGGUUACAGGGAAGAUAUAGAGCCGCUGCAUCUGCAAUCCCAAGUAGAUCUUCCAACUCGAGAACGCAAAGCACAUUUCGAGGUCAAGCUUGUCAACCGCAACAAGCCCGUAUCUCUUAUAAUUCAGCAAGGAACACCGUCCUAUUACAUCGUAUGUGGAAAGGUCCUCAAAGGAAUGGAACGUCUCCCAAUUUCAACGGUAAUGCAACGACGUCGACGCAUUAUCAAAACAUGAAUGUGGUGUUGAACGACGCCAAUUGUCCCUACUAUCAAUUAUAUGGUCCACCACCGAGCUACGAAACGGUGAUCGCUCAAACUCGAGGAAAGACGUCGUCGACGCCAACAUCACCGGAAGCAGGAGCUACUAGAUUGAAUUUGGUACCAGGGAACAAUGUGAUAACGAAUCCGAGCGCGCCUUCGUAUUUCGCUUAUCCGUGUAGUCCGGCAAGAUUAAAUCCUACCGUGAUGGAUCCGGGCUCACGUGGUCAACAGUCCAUGCAACAGUGUGCAAACGGUCCGGUGAAUUCACGACAGAACAACACUGAGGAUUGUACGCAAGAGAACGCAGCGUACGUACGUUUUCCACAGUACUGUCCGGCGGAAAAUGUUGUCGGUAGCGCUGCCGUCGUCAGGCAGAAUUUCUGUGUUUCUCCUUUGCGACAGGAACGGAGUUUGGAGACGCUCUCGCCGAUUGACACUUUUGAACGUCCGCCGAUCGUACACGGUACUUCGAGAAGAGGUAAAACGCUUAAGCCAGAAGUCGAUUCGAGCGGUUCGAGAGAACGGAAGGUCUUGAGAGACGUUUGUGAGGGCGUGGACUGUACGAUAUCUCAGGUGCAUGAACAGACGAAGCUCGAAAGUUGUUCCUCGAACGGAAGAUACGGACAGCAUCGUCAGCAACUUUGGAAGGAGGACAUGAAGGGCGACGACGUAGAUGAAUUUUUCUCAGCCGUUCGUUCGAGGACAAUGGAGAAAACGGAUGAGAUCGACGUUGGCCGGAAUAACGCUGGUAGAUUAUUCAAAUUUGUCGGAAGAUAUGCCACUGGUUCGAAACGCGAUGAGGAUGAGGAGGAUGAAGAAGAGGAAAGAGAGGAAGAGGAGGAAGAAGAAGAGGAAGCUAGGGAUUCCUUAGGUUCUCACGAAGGGAUCUUCGCGCGAACGACUUUUGCUUUGUCCGAGAACGCUAAGGGGAAAUAUGAUUUCGCGAAUCGCGUUCUUACGGACGUCGCUACGAGUCCUCAAUCAAAUCCAUCCAAUAAUGUGAUAGCCGGGUCAUUCGUUUCCGCCGCGAGACAUUUUGACGCGACGAGAACGAACACUGACUCUGAUUUUGAAAGUAAACGUAGAUUAGACAGGUCGAAAUCGUUAGAUUAAAUACCGCGUCCCUUUUUAUCUGCACUCCGAUGAAUGAUUCCUCGUCAAUCGAUCGAUUGAUCGAUCGAUCCUUUAUUCAUGUAUACGCUAUUCGUCGUGUCUGAUCGAUCCGUCCUCCAUGUGGAAAAAAAAGGAGGCAUGUGUUGAAGCCAUUCAAAGGAGUCGCUUACGUCGCACGUGCCGGUAAAAUAGAUAUGACCUUCGAAUUUUCAAUUAUUUUGAUUAUGUACUACGUACUAGGAUAACGCAGAAGCGUUCCGUGUUGGUUUUUCAUUUUUCUAUAAACUCGUAUAACUUCCUGGCAACUCGUGUAAACGCUUAUGCAAUUAUUCUUAUUUAACGAUUUUUCUUCUCGCCAAUAUUAUCAAACUUCAUUAUUGAUUGAUUUCUCGUUUAUUUUCUUAUUUUAUAGUUUGCUUCUGUUUAUCGUUAAAUAUUUAGAAAGAUGCAUGUUUAUAACCCAUACGUAUAUAUUACAUCAUAUUUCUUAUCCUAUAUUAUUGGCUGUGUGACGUAUUAUCUCAUGUGUAUUUGGCUCGUCAAAUUCCCUUUCUUCUCAACAUAAUCUUAAUGUCAAGCUUGUUUCUCGUUGUUUGUUUCUCUCUCUCUCUCUCUCUCUCUCUCUCUCUCUCUCUCUCUCUCUCUGUUUCUAUCUCUUUUUCCUUUUUUCCUUCUCUAUUUUGGACUUUACAAUUAAGUAUAUACCCUUUGUUCUCAUUCAAACAUUUCGACGACGUAUUACAAAUUGUAAGUGUAAUUUUUUCGACUUUCGGACGUAAAUUUAUUCUUACAUAGAUAUUUUACCUUGUGCUCGGGCAUAGUCCAGUGUGCCCCUACAUACGUAUGUAUGUAUAUUGUGCAUAGAUAUAUACAUACAUAUAUACUAAACGUGUGACACAUGAAACACGUUUUUGCUAUAGUUUUUUUUUCUGAUAAAAUAUGUAAGAAAUUUUAGUCGUGACUUUACUAGCUUUCCAAUACGAAAUUUUGUCUUUACGAUUUACCUUAUAUAUAUACGGGACCACUGCCCCUAGUGAUAUAUAAGAUCGGUCCGAAUUAAUAAGCUACGUACAAUCUGUUUUGUAUAAGCUCAUUCUCGACUCGCAUAAUAGUAUACCAUUAUUUUAUUUUUAUUUCCCUUAAAUCUCAUUGCGAUAUUGAGCAGUUUCGUUGUAAAUAAUCGGCGAAACAUUUUCGCUCGCGGACUAGUAGGUCUUUGCGUUACGCAAAAUGUUCCCUUGCGUAUGCGGAGCUUCCGCGUUUUCAAGUUGGUAAUUAUUCACUCGAUUUACGCACAAAGUGAAGAAAACAAAUGAAAAAAAAGAAACGAUGUCGAUCUUAUAUUUACUCCAUUUCAUAUUCUACGUCGAUGUGAUAAACGUCAUUUUUCUAAUCUUCGUCGUUGCACAGAUCGUUACUCUUUACGAAACAGAUAAAUUUUAAAUAUUAUACAUACAUAUAUAACGUUUGAAUCCAUAGGAUAAUUUACAAUGACUAUCUUGUCGUAUUUUUUAAUAAGAAGCAACAAAAAAUAAUAUAUAUAUUAUAUUAUAUUAUAUUAUAUUAAUAUUCGUAGACGUCGACGAUGGGCAAACAUGCGACGACGAUGUCCGUUUCUAAUCGGGCUUCUUAUGAGAGUUUAGUCUUUACCAAUAAUGCACGUUAUUUCAGUCUCAGUAUUAAGGACUAACGAGAGCACAGUAAACAAUCAAUUAUCGGAGAAUAUAAGCGUUAAGCUGUAAUUUUAACGAAAGGAUUUUUAGUUUGCUUGCGCUAUUAUACGUAAUACGAUGCAUAACGACGAUACGCGAAGCUAAUAUCGAUGAAAGCUUCUAGCAAGAAACGAUCGUACGUAUGUAUGUACGUAAGUAUGUAGAAAGCAAGAACAGAAUAUGAUCGGAACAAAGAUUAUUCGAUCGAUUGUACGGGUUCGAGUACGUUUUCUUAUAUUAAAGCAACGCAUGUUCUAUUUCUUACUCGCUUACAAAUCCUUAUGAUAUCCUAAUCGACAUAAAAGAUCACAAUAGACAUGUGAUCGCGCAACGUUAACGCGAUGAUUAUUAUGUAUUACUGCUGAGAAAAAAAAUCUAAAAAUUGAUUAUUUUAUUAUAUAUACAUACAUAUACAUAUAUAUUGUAUAUCAAUACGAGAUACGCUAUUAUAAAAUAAGUAUUAUGUCCAUCAGGGAAUACACGUAUUAUGUGUGUAUAUCGUGCGAUUCCAGAAAGUCUGUUUCUACAGUGCCACGUUCCGCCAUGUUUUGUUCUCUUCGAUGAGGAUUCGAAACGGAACAUAGAAAGAGAAGUAAGAGGAAUAUAAAAGAAGAGAGGAAAGGGAAAAAGAAGAAAGAAACGCUAUGACGUGCCACCGUCUGUAACUAAGUUUUUGAAUGUAAUAGAGCGGUCCAAGAUAAGCGUACAUACGUGCCAAUAGCGUCAAGAUAAGAAUGUAUCGAAUGUAUAAGACACGAUGAAAAAGAAGUUCUUGUCUUUACAAAUAUAAAAAAUGCGAAUAUAAAAUAUAUAUAUAUAUAUAUAUAUAUAUACACACCCAUAUGGACAGAUACAUAGAUACAUAUAUAAACACACACAGUCACGCAUGUAAAGAUAUAUACGCAUAUGCGUACAUACGUAUAUACACAUACGCGUGUGUUACAUAUAGAUAUGAAAUAUACAUACACUAUUUUUUGUAAUCGAUCCUAAUUUAUCAAAGCGGGUCUGUCCAAUGGCUACCGAGGUAACACGCGCGGAAAAAGCAUUAGCGUAAUCGCGUACGGCACCUCGAAUUUGGUCGUGAAUCCCUAGAGAUUUCCAGCAUCACUAUAUUUUGUGUGCGUGCGUAGCCUACGUGUUAUAACGAUAGCUUUAAAAAGGAUAAACAAAAAGCAAAAAAAAAAAAAAAGGAAAACCAAGUCUAGAUCCGUGGCGAUCCUCUUCAUCGUAAUGUACAAAAGUCGCGCGAUGUAUCGCAUGAAAAAAAUGUACUGCGAGUGCGAAAAAGUGACAAGAAGAUAGGCGAAACAAAAAUAAAAAAAAGCAAAAUGAAGAAAAUAUUGUACCUAACGUGGAAGGACGUCUUUAUGAAAUAAAAACACGGAAUAUUUAUUCACAUAAAAAA